UGUGGUUACUUCACUGUAACAAACAUUAACACGUUCUAUAAGCAAAUUACGCUGAGACAUGGCGUUCGGCUAAUGUCUAUCACGUGACAUCAAAUAGGAUUUUAAAGAAAACACGGGUGUAUUUUGUCAUUUUCAAUAAAGUUUUAAUUUCUUAUUCUUCAACAUAUUUAGGAUCCUUCUUACCGAGUGUUUAUAUCGCGGGUGUAAGUUAGAAGAGAACCCCGUAUAUAACAGGGAAAGUAGCAGGGCCUGAUCACGGAAACAGAAGACAUAAUACCCAGUUAAAAUAGUCAAUAAAAAUAAAUGAACUUUAUUUACAACACUAAAACGGCCCUGAUCAGGGGAGAGAAAACCCCCCAUAAACCUCGGCAUACUAAAAAUAUGAUGAUGCUCAGUCCAUGAGCUAAGUCCCCAAAGUUCCCGAUCAGGCUACGCCACACUUCCUGGCUGUGAAGAAUAUGCUUAUUCCACCAGUGGGAGCCAGGCCGACCGCGUCCUUCUUCUUGUGGCUGCGCCUGCCGCCACGCUACUCCAUGGCUCUCCUGCUGCCACACACGUCUUUCUGACCUGCCAGAGCCUCUUAUUGGCCGCUGCCAACAUGGGAGGCCCGAUUGAUUUCUGUCCCCUGUGCCCUCCAGGUGUAUCUAAUUGGGGAAGCAAGGGGGGCGGAGUCUGUCGGGGAGAAGUCCCAAUAAAUGGAAUAAAAGCAUGCAACACUAAAAUACACUCAACAUUAAAACGCAAAGCAUGCAACCACAUAAUAAAAAUAAUAAAAUAAUAAAAUCCUUCUUCAUAGGAUGGCAUUUACAUAAGGUGUCCAAGGUCAAUAGUUCAGAGAAAAACGUAAAUUAAUCUUUGUAUUGGCAGUAAUAGUGCAGCACCGAAAAAUGGCCCCUUGUGUGUUUGUUUCUUCUUUUGUUGUGGCCAAAAGUGGCAGUACAGUGACAGUAAAUAUAUCACAUUAAAUGCUGGCAUUCAGUUAAAAACCAGACAUGAAUGAAAAAGAUACACAAAGAUUAAAUGCAGAAAUUAAUAUAUUUAUGAUGAAUAUACAAAAUAAUAAUUCUCCGAGAGCAGAAACAGGUUGCAGCUCUGAUUUCAAAGUUUAAAAAUGAUUUUUACACAUUUCAGUUUUUGAAGCAGAACAUCAUUUUGACAUGAAACCUGGAAACAUAUUAAGCGUUACUAAGUCUUCUGUAUCCGUUCUGGCAUUUUUAAUGAACCAAACUGUAUCCAAAUUGGUUCGAAAGUCAACGACUUAUGAUGAUAUUUAAUUGAAUUUAGGUAUCUGCCUCCAUAUGGCGCCUCGCUGAUGCGUUGUUACAGCGCACAGCAGCAACCAGUGGAGCAUGCACGUGUUUAUGUAGGCCUAUCUGUGAUGUGUAGAUAUAAUAAUGUCAGAUUAAUAAUGACAAUCCAGAAAUAAAGAUAUUUAUCUUUUGUAAAAGAUAAAUGACAACUUCUGUUUUCUGAAAGCCCUGUUAACCACACUUAAAACAGUCUCCUACAAAACUGCUUUUGAGCUGGAGACCCACAUGGAUGUGACUAAACUAGCCACCGGGUGGGGUUGUUUACCCAUCUUAACGGCGUGGCAGGAGGAUCAGCUGCUCUGUUUUCCCCCGCCUUCAUCUCUCUCCGGCUCUACCCAAGUCCAGUAGCACAUUAAUAAGAAAGUUUACUCGAGGACACGCUGGAGAAGUCUUGAGUGAGUGUUACUUUACUGUUUGAGUAAUCAGUGUACUUACUCAUCUCCAGCCCCAGCGUUAGUGGCUGCACAGCUGCGGGUGGGGGCUUAUGUAAAAGGAUUACACCUCUUAAGACAAUAAUGGUCACCGGGAGAACAAAUGAGGUGGCAUUAACGCUCCGGAGGUGUCCCUUAACGCGUCAGUGAGGCGGACCAGCUCAGUGCGAGCGCAGCCAGCGCAACAUGGACACGGCAGGUAAUGCUAAAAUUCUUUACUUUAUUUUAGACUCAGCAAGUCGAAGAUAUGAACAGAAUUAAAGUCCACCUAUAAUUAUGCCUCCCUGCAAACUGUCGCUCAUAUAACUUACUGUCAAAUUAGACCUGUUGGUUAUAUGCAUGCUGACUGAGUUGCUGUCCAUGGUGCUGAUUAAUAGACGGCCACGGGAGUUCAGUGAGUGUUUCUUAUCCUCACAGGUCAAUACUGUGUCAGAAUUAAAGGAUUUCAUUGUCUAUUCUUCAGCUCUGAGGCCACAUUACUCAUCACAACAUAUUCUUUUCACAACAGGCCGUUUAAUUAAACAUGACCAGAGGGGAAUCACCCUGCACUGCUGACUUCUCUGCAGACAGCGGGCACCGGGUACCCUGGUUUCGGAAGGACUCCACAUAUCCUCCUGCCUGGAUGACUGAGGGAAGAGUUUUUGGACACUUACCAUGGCUGACUCCUUUCAAACUCCAGCCUGGAGGGAGAUGACAAAUGGAGGGGGGCACCCCCACUUUAAAAACGGAGGUCCGAAUGGGGGUUCCCACAGCACCACACGCUACAUGGUGAAGAAGCAGCGCCACAGACGCAGGUCCUCCUCACCCAUGGGCAGGGUCAUCCUCAUCAAUGCACCUGUUGAUGGAGGGGAUGACAGUGAAGACAUUCACACAGUGACAGUAGAUAAGAGUCCAGAUGGGCGUCUGGGUUUCAGUGUCCGCGGGGGCUCUGAACAUGGACUCGGCAUAUUUGUCAGUAAGGUGCAGGACAACAGCCCUGCAGCGGAGGCUGGGCUGACUGUGGGUGACAAGCUGGUGGAGGUGAACGGGGUCAGCCUGGAGAGCAUCACCAUGAGCAGUGCUGUGAAGGUCCUGACAGGAAACAACAGGCUGAGGAUGGUGGUGAGACGGGUGGGCAAGAUCCCCGGCAUCCGCUACUCUAAGGAGAAGACCACAUGGGUGGAUCUGAUUCACCGGCGGAUGGUAGUGGAGGAGAGCGGUCGUACCCCUUCAGAGGCCAGUUCGGACAGCGCUCUUCGCAGGAUCGUACAUCUCUUCACCACGUCAGAUGAUUAUUGCUUGGGCUUCAACAUCAGAGGAGGAAGAGAGUUUGGAUUGGGAAUUUAUGUGUCUAAGUUGGACCCAGGUGGACUUGCAGAGCAGCAUGGCAUCAAAAUGGGGGAUCAGAUCCUUGCAGCUAAUGGGGUGAGCUUUGAUGACAUCACUCACAGCAAUGCGGUGGAGGUCCUGAAGAGCCACACCCACGUCAUGUUGACCAUCAGGGAAGCUGGCAGAUACCCCGCAUACAAGGAGAUGGUGGCAGAAUACGGCUGGCUGGAAAAGUUAGCCAAUGGAGGCCCUCCACCAUCAUCACAGGGUUCAGACUCCAACUCUUCUGCCUCGUCAUUGUCCUCCACCACCCCUCUCAGUUCCCUCAGUGGUCUCUCCCAGGUCCUCUUCCCUCCUGUCUUUGGCUCAGAGAUGGUAGACAUUGGCAUCUGCACUGAGGACCACUCCCGACGUCCGAGCAGUACUGAUCGAACUGCUGACUCCGCCAUACAGACUGAACCCCAACCUCCAAACUACCAGGACCACCUGUUACCUAACGGGUCACACCCCGAAAGGCUAUCCACGACAGAAACAAGCCGGACUGUUGGUGCCACAUUAGUGUUGAAGGACACGGUCAUACGUGGGAAAGGAGAAGGGCCAAGGGAGAUGGGAGGAGCUGGAGAAGGUGGACAGGGACGGGUGAAAACGCUGUCAUCAGGGAAGCAGGAAGUUGAGAAACACUCACCAAAGACAGCAGCUCUGAUGGCCCUGAGCAGACCGCGGAAGCCAAUCAGUCGUUCCCAGAGUCACAUCACAGAGUCAGAGGAGAGACAGAAGAAGAAAAGGCAACACAGGGAGAAAAGCUCAGAAGAGGGUAAAACUAGUCUGAAACGCUCCAAAACCUUUGUCAACCUCUUAUUUAAGAAAGACCGCAAAGAGAGGAGUCGCUCCAAGUCGCCGUCUCGCCGUGCAAACAAAGAUAAGGAACGGGGGCGCCCAUUCCACCUCUUGACCUCCCCGAGGGAAUCCCGAGCUGGCAGCCCACUGCCCCGACUCGAGGUCCUGCAGCACGUGGAGGACAUGGCAAAGAAACUGCUCAGUCAGGAUGAGGUGGCUGCUGUGAUGAGACACUGUCGGCGAUUUCUGUCCGACUCUGUAAUCGAGGACUUGGUGCGUCCUCUUCUGGCAAUCUUGGACAGGCCAGAGAAACUGCUGCUUCUCAGGGAAAUAAGAAUGCUGAUACCAAUGACUGAGUUGGGUCGCUUUGACAGCAUGGUCAUGCCUUUUGAGCUGGAAGCGUACGAUAUUCUCAAGAGUCGCUCAUCGCGUUCCCCAGCUCUGCGUUCUCCUCGUAGUGGAACUCCUCGUCGUCACCUCAUCACCCCAAUCCCAGACUACAAGGGUGGAUUUUAUCUGCAGCCGGUCCACGACAGACUGCAUGAGCGCCGGUUGAUCGAGGAGUUGGAGAGACUGCGUGUGACAGGUCAACGGUCUGGCCAUCUCUCGCCAUCCCGUGCCUUCACCCCUCUGCUGGAUGUACCUGUGGACAACUAUGUAUCCUCUGUGCACUCCCGUUCCCCAAGCCCCUUGCCCACUCACAGCUUCCUCCUCAAAGAAUCCCCACACAGCACUAAACGUGGCCACCAACCCCAUCGAUCCCCAAUCAGAAGAGAGAAUGGGGCGUCGUGGUACGAUGAGGUCUCCUUGUUGUCCGUGUCUGACCGAGGGGACGGGGCUUAUGAACGAGGGCGGUCACCUGUGAGGAAUGGCCAUGGGAGAGUGAGGAGAGAGGGCAGUCCUGACAGUAUAUAUGGCAGACAGAGCAGGCAAGAGGGCUACACGGAGGUCAGCGUACACGUUCCCUCACAGCGGAGAGGCAGAACCCCUCUGGCUGAGGUAUUUGAUCCCCAGAGGGAGAAGAGCCCGUCCAAGGCCAGUGGGAGUACUCAGCAAGUGAAUGGACACUCACAAAAUGGUCAAAAAGUGAAAGGAAGACAAACUCUACCACCCAAGGAGUGUGAAAUCGCCACUUUGACCAUUUCCAAGGCCAAGCACUCACUGGGUAUUAGUAUCUCUGGAGGUGUAGAGUCUAGAAUCCAGCCCAUGAUAAAGGUUGAGAAAAUCUUUCCAGGUGGAGCUGCAUCUGCAAAUCAGGCUUUGAAGGCAGGGUAUGAGCUGUUGUCCGUAGAUGGAGAGAGUCUGGAGGGAGUGACGCAUCAGCACGCCGUGGAUGUAAUUCGGCGUGCAUUCAGCAACAAGGCCAAAGAGCCGAUGGUUUUUGUGGUCAAGGUCCCUAAGGUCUCUACCGACCCCAGCAGCCCCAACAGACUUGCUGACUAAACUCUGUGUGCCUCACAGCCAGGUUGCUGCUCGGGCAUGAAGGACAACAAAACCUGCUGCUCCUCUGGGACUUAAUAAAUACAGGAUUCACCCCAGAAGAAGAAAUAUGAGAUAGGUAGCGCUCCGGUCACAGCGGAGACAAUCAAAGGCAAAGUUAUGACAAAAUAUACCAUAAAGUAUGUCUUGCGUAAAGGUUGCAGCUGGUUUUGAAGACUAAUACAGCUGCAUAUUUGUCAAGAUAAAGGUCACUUUUGCUAUAAUGUAAUGCGAGAUGAAAACCAAAUGUUGCAAUUGUAUGAAUUUUAUAUGAUUCUUAGUUUUUAGAAAAACUUUUACUAAAUGCAUAUGUUGCACGUUUUCUAAAAGACGCUUUUGUGAUAGGAUCGUGUAAUUCAUGAUCUUUGGUUAGAAUAGUGCCACUAUUCAACACGUGGCAACUUUGCCGUGACCUCUGAGCACUGUCUGAUAGUGGAGCCAGUGGUCUGCACUUUUUACUUGAAGCAUCUCAGCCCAGCAGCCCUGCAGGCAUGCCAGAGGGAGAUUACCUCAGCCAGCAUUAUGAGAUUUAUAGAUUUAUACUCAGAUUAAAUCCCUGUAUUAUGUCAAAACUGAUAGUUUGGGUUUAGAGGAUGUCUGGGGAGAUUAUUGCAAAUUGCUGCUCAGUAUUUUUUUUGUGUUGUAUUUCUCUGGCAGAGGUGCCUGUAUUCUGGAGCCAUCCGCCACUUUAGAGGCUUAAUUACACCAUGCUGUGGAUGGAGCUUAUGGAGACAUGUGGAAGAGUUGGAAAAACAUGUCAAUGAGAAAUGCAGGUCCAGUGGCACAAAUAAAAGUCGGGUUAAAGAAAUAUGGAUGGGAGAAAGCAGUGUGCUUAGUGCCUUAAUUCUAUAGAUGGGCAGUCAGAAAAACGCUGAGAAAAUGUUACUCAAGCUUGAUUUUAAUAAGUGAUAGAAACGCUGAAUUGUUUAUAUGCCUGCAUGGAAUUAAAUUCUUAAGAUGAAAGUGAGCAUGUCUGUGCCUUUGAGUUACUCACUGGCUACUUUGUUAGAUGAACUUGUUCACCUGCUCUUUAACGGACCUAUCUAAUCAUCCAAUCAGAUGCCGGUGCAUCCGUGUGUUUAAGCACAUAAACGUGGUCAAGACGAACUGCUGAAGUUCAAACUGAGUGCGGCAUGCCUGGUGGAGUAUUUCAGAAACUGCUGAUAUAUUCGAAUUUUCUCGAGGAACUAUCUCUAGGGCCUGACAAAGAGAAAACAUACAGUGAUCUGCAGUUUUCUGAGAUGAAAUUCUGAAAAUGCCUUGUUCACGUCAAAGGUCAGAGGAGAAGGGCCAGCCUGCUUUGAGCUGAUAGGAAGGCAACAGUAACUCAUAUAAAAAGCAUUCAAAGAUUGGAAAAACAUUUCCUGAGUUGAUGAAUCUUUAUUUGUGCUGUGACAUUCGGGUGGUAGGGUCAGAAUCAGGUGGAUACAACAUGACAGGACCCAACCUGUCUGGCAUCAAGGACUCAUGCUGGGGUGGUGUAAUGGUGUGAGGAUAUUUUCUUGGCACACCUUGUCCUUGCUCUCGUCCUAUAGUAGCUGGGAUGGGCUCCAGCCCCCCUGCGAUCCUGAUAAGGAUAAGCAGAAGAGAAUGAAUGGAUAAAUGGACUUUGGGCCACUUGCUGCUUUUUGAUGUCACAAAGUUCCAAUAAUCUCAAACAGGUUUCUUGUAGGUGAGUUCAACGUACUCAAAUGGGCUCCACAGUCAUCAAAUCUCAAUCCAGCUGACCACUUUGGGAUGUGGUGCAAUGGGAGAUUUGUUUUAUGAAUGUGCAGCCGACAAAUCUACAGCAGCCUUGUGAUGCAUCAUGCCAGUAUUGAGGAUUUUCUCUAGCACCACGAAGAAUUAAUACCGCUCUUAAGGCCAAAGGAGGUCCAGCCCAGUGCCUGCAAGUGUACCUAAUAAAGUGUCAGAUGAGUGUAUUUUACACUGUAAUGCAAAGUUGGUUCAUUCAACCUAAAAAUAAGCAAAAAAGUUUCAGAAGCAAUUAAAUCUGCAAUCACUUCAAGAUGUGACAACUUGUUCUUUAAUU